AUGUCAAGCCUGCUGGACCUCAAGAGCACCGUGCUCCGGCAGGUGCAGGUGUGCCCAUCCUUCCGACGCAGGAGCGAGGAAGAGGCAGGAAGCUCAGGCGCUGCUGCCCCAGCGCCCUCCCAGGAGGCCUGGAAGCCGGGGGAUGGUGUGGAGUUCUUUGCGCAGAUGCGCUUGCUGUUGAAGAAGGGCGAGAGCCGUCAGUGCCUGCCACGCCCCGAGGUCCUCCUGCGCAGCGGCUCACCAGCUCCUGCUGAGCCUGUGGACCCCAACCGCGGCCUGAGGCCCCUGAGUCUGGAAGAGGCAGAGAUGCUCUACGAGGAAGCCUUGUACACAGUUCUGCACCGCGCAGGGACCAUGGGCCCUGACCAGGUGGAUGACCAGGAUGCCCUGCUGGCCUACCUGGGCCAGGUUUUCAGCAGCAGCCCUGAGGAGCAUGCGGAGGCCUUGGAGCAUGUGAGAAAGGCCAAGGCCCCUGCCUAUGCUCUCAAAGUCUCUGUCAUGAGGGCCAAGAACCUGCUGGCCAAGGACCCUAAUGGUUUCAGUGAUCCCUACUGCAUGCUGGGUAUCCUGCCAGCCUCAGGAGCCCCCCAGGAGCCCCCCGGGAAGGACCAGCGCUUCAGCUUCCGUAAGGGCAGCAGGCGUGGUGGUGGCACCAGGGACCCACUGCCCGCCAAGUGCAUCCAGGUCACCGAGGUCAAGAGCAGCACACUGAACCCUGUGUGGAAUGAGCACUUCUUCUUUGAGAUCGAGGACGUCAGCAUGGACCAGCUGCACCUGGACAUUUGGGACCACGAUGAUGAUGUGUCUUUGAUGGAGGCUUGCAGAAAACUGAACGAGGUCAUGGGCCUGAAGGGCAUGGGCAGGUAUUUUAAGCAGAUUGUCAAAUCAGCCCGGGCAAACGGGACAGCAGGGCCCACCGAGGACCACACUGAUGACUUCCUGGGGAGCCUCAACAUACCCAUCCGUGAGGUGCCCGUGGCUGGUGAGGACCGCUGGUUCAAGCUGGAGCCUCGGUCCAGUGCCUCCAGAGUGCAAGGUGAAUGCCACCUGGUCCUCAAGCUGAUCACCACGCAGAGAGACACGAGUAUGAGCCAGCGAGGUCGCUCCGGCUUCCUGUCCUACCUGCUGCUGCUUGACAGCCUGCUGCAGUUCGAGCACCGUGCUGAGAAGCCUGACUCCAGCAGCUGGUGCGGUGAGCUCAGCGGGCCGGCAUCCACCAUCCUCUCUCUGCAUAGCGCCCAGAGCAACCUGUCACCCCUGCAGCUGGCUGUACUGCACUGGCAGGUCAGCAGCCGGCACCAUCAGACCUGUUCCUUGGACUACAGCUACCUGCUGGGGCUUUUGGACGACAUGCAGACCCAUUGGGAGCAGUCCACUUCACUGCCCCAAGAGCAGGAGGAGGGCCUAGCUGACAGCUUCUCAGCCUUCUCCGAGUUCGGGCUGCAGCUGCUGGGCCAGCUUAGAGACUACUUCCCCCCCACAAACAGCACAGCCAUCUACCGCCUGGAAAUGCUGCUCAAGUGCCUGAGCAAGUUGCAGCUCUUCCAGCCUUCCUUUCAGACCUGCCCCUUUGACAACGAGCUGAACAUGGAUAUCAUUAAGACCCUAAAGAAGGGCAACCAGGAGUGGUUCGAGAAGCUUCUGAUAACUAAAAGCCCCCGGGAACAGCCUGCACCGCAGCGCCUCCUGGGACUCAUUGAUCUAGCCGAUGCUGUCUAUGUGGAUCUGCAGGCGGACUACGGCAUCUAUGCCAGCCUCUUCCACAGUAUCCUGAAGGUUGAUUUCUUCACCCUAACCUUCCAGCAGCUGGAACGUCUGGUGGCCGACGAGGCAUGCACACUGGCAGAGGAGCUGAAGCCCAAGCUGACCCCGGAGGUGGCCUCGGGGCUAUUUGAGCUCUACCUGACGCUGGCAGACACCCAGCGUUUCUGGAGCAGAGUCCCUGGCCAGGACAGCCGGUCACUGGCCCUGGCUGACAUCCAUGGGCCCUUCCUGCCCGCCAUCAAGCUGUGGCUGCAGGUUCUGCGGGACCAGACCAGGUGGCGGCUGCAAAGCGCUGUGGACAUGGACAUGCUGGAGCCCGCGGACGCUGACUCCAAACACAGCGGUUCUGCCACGGCUGCUGGACUAAGCUUCCAUCAAGUCCAAGAGCUAUGGGUGCGCCUGGCCUGGCCAGACCCCAUCCAGGCUCAGGGACUAGGCACUCAGCUAGGCCAGGACAUGUGCGAGGCCGCCCUGUUCUACACGGAGCUACUGCGGAAGAAGGUGGACGCGCAGCCUGGUGCCGCGGUUGAGGCGGUGAGUGACCAGCUCUGUGCGGUCCUUAACGAUGUGGAGCUGGUGCGCAAGGCUGCCGGGCAGGCGCUGAGAGGUCUGGUGUUGUUGGAAGGCGCUGGUGGGCCCGAAGGGGGACUCCCGCGGCCCUUGCUCAGCUGCACUCAGGUGCUAGACGAGGAUCUGCAGCGCGAGGCCCGCACGGUGACGGCUCACCUGACCUCCAAGAUGGUAGGGGACAUCCGGAAAUACGUGCAGCACGUCAGCCUGUCGCCGGACUCCAUUCAGAACGACGAGGCCGUGGCCCCACUCAUGAGGUACUUGGAUGACAAGCUGGCCCAGUUGAACGCCUCGCUGGUGAAGGAGAACCUGGACAGGGUGCUGGAGGCUCUCUGGGAGCUGUUGCUGCAAGCAAUUCUGCAGGCACUGGGGGCAAACCGAGAUGUCUCCGCAGACUUCUACAGCCGUUUCCAUUUCGCCCUAGAGGCCCUGGUGAACUUCUUCCACGCCGAAGGCCAGGGCCUGCCCCUAGAGAGCUUGCGGGAUGGCAGCUACAAGAGGCUGGAGGAAGAGCUGCGUUUGCACAGGUGCUCCACUCGUGAGUGUAUAGAGCAGUUCUACCUGGACAAACUCAAGCAGAGGCCCAUGGAGCAAAACAAGUUCGGGCGCCUUAGCAUCCGCUGCUACUACGAGGCAGCCGAACAGCGGCUGGCGGUGGAGGUUUUGCAUGCAGCCGACUUGCUUCCACUGGACGCCAACGGCCUGAGCGACCCUUUCGUGAUUGUGGAGCUGGGCCCACCCCACCUCUUUCCGCUGGUCCGUAGUCAGAGGACCCCCGUCAAAACUCGGACCUUGCACCCGGUGUAUGACGAACUCUUUUACUUCUCUGUGCCUGCUGAGGCGUGCCGCCGCCGCGCUGCCUGCCUGCUGUUUACCGUCAUGGACCACGACUGGUUGUCCACUAAUGACUUUGCGGGCGAGGCGGCCCUCAGCCUGGGUAGCAUCAGCGGCGUGGCCCGGUCCCAAGCAGGAGGGGGCAUGCGCACCAUACAGCCCAUCACCCUGCACCUGCGCAGGCCCAAGGCUCAUGUGCGGUCAGCGUUGAGAAUGCUGGAGGGCCGUGCCAACAAGGAGGCACAGGACUUUGUCAAGCGGCUCCGGGAGCUGGACAAGUGCAUGGAGGCAGAUGCCUAA